GUGUCCGAAAAGUCAAAGCCGGGCAGCUCACGUUGUACAUUUUGACCUUUGACCUGUUCGUACUGACUGGGCAGUGACGGUAGAUGGCAUGAUGACCGAGGAGCUCCGGACUCUUCUUUCUCAUCCUCACGCCCCGCCUUUUGUCUUUCUGCACCACCCGCAUCACCCCGUCACCUCGCUUAGACCAGAUCUACCGGCCAGGUGCACAAUAUUGCAUCUAGACCUGGUUGAGCAUUUCAACGCGCGUAUCUUCUAUUCUUCAGCGGUCAGGCAGCUGGACCCAGGACAAACCGGAGACAUCAGUAGCUGGGACGGGUUUGUGCAGGAGCUUUCAGGCGCAUGGCACCGGCGCCAAGGCUCCCGCACCCUCACAAAUGGCACCUCGAAAACUGUUGACAGGAAAGGCAAAAGCAAGGCCGAACAGCCCAGUGGAGAGCUGGUGAAUGGACACGCGGAGGAGGAAGACGGCCAGAUAGUCCUAAUCAUUUGCCAUGCGGAAAAGCUUCGCUCAGUCCUUGGCUCUCAUUGGCCGGUCGUUACUCGACUCCCCGAGCUCGUUAGCAUUCCAGUCACAGUAGUUCUCCUGUCAGCUAUUCCAUGGGAUGAGCUUCGUUCACCCAAGGGGGAUACGCCAGAGCCCUUGCAUCUGUACCUGCCAGGUAGCAGUCGUGAAGAUCUGAUCCGCUCAUUGACAUCGAGGUCGAAACAUCCCCUCUUUCCUCGCUUUCUGGACCUGUUAAUGGCUACGCUUCUUCCUAUGCUCUCUUCUCCGAUGCAAGACCUGGGAUAUCUGGCUGAGCCUCUAUGGAAGAUAUACACCUCUUCGCUUCCACCACACGCGGAACAAUUGAUGUUGGACAUACCGUACGACGAUCCCAAUAAUCCACCUCCACCUCUUCAGGUCACAGUCCGACUACUGACGGAUCUCAAGCAUCAGAUGACAAUUCCCAUAGCGGCAGCCUGCGAAGAUCUAUUGACUGGUCAACUAGGACGUGACGACUUCGUGCAGAGCAUGCUGGCUCGGAAUCAACAGAUCAGAUCUCCAAGCGGUCGGCAAGUGGUCAAUUCCAGCGAUUCACAAGAAUUGUCUGUCGCUGCUAAAUUUGUUCUUGUGGCCGCUUAUUGCGCAAGUUACAACCCAAGCAAGAGUGAUGUCCGUCUCUUCGGGAGAGGAACCGGUCCGGAUGGGAAACGGCGGCGAGGUGGAGGAACUAGGCGCGCAGGAUAUGGCAGAACACGUGUUGGCAAGAUACCACAGCGUCUUUUGGGCCCAAAGCCGUUCCCACUGGAUCGCAUGCUUGCAAUGUUCGCGUCUUUGUAUGCUGAGCAUGCGACUCGACCACCGGAUCUAGAACCUGCAUUUGGAGAUUGGGACACAGAAGACUUGGACGCAGAGAUGGACUGGCUGCCAUCUGUCGAUAGAUCACGCAAUCGUGAACAAGCUCGAAGACGGCGAGAACAAGAACGAGAAGAGCUUUGGGAGGACGAAGUGGAUCAUUUGACAAUGUCCGUCAAGAUGUGGUCGAUGAGUCGUUCUGCAGAUCGCUCAGCUCGAAACACAAGGCGUCUUGCGCCGCAUAUCACCUGUUGAUAGGCUGGACAAUAUCAUGCUUCGCUGCGAAAUGGACUACGAGACCACGAAGUCUCUAGCUAAGGAUCUCAAAA